CCGGUCGGCGGAGCGGGGCGGAGCGGACGCGCGUUUCCGCUUCCGGGUGGAAGGGCAGACCGUUGCUAGGGUGGCGGCGUUGCUAGGGGAGGCCCGGCCGCCGGCGCCGCCAUGGCGGGGAACCGCAUGCAGAAGAUAGGGAGCGUGUUCAGCCGGACCCGCAACCUGCUCCGCAUCGGGGUGAUCGAGAAGCCGCUGUGGUUCGACGUCUACGCUGCCUUCCCCCCGCUGAGGGAGCCCGUCUACCGGCUGCCGCGGCCGCGCUACGGCAAGGUGAAGGAUGUCAUCCGCCCCAUCUUCUACCAGGAGGACGAAGUGAGAGCGAAGUUUUACAAAGUUUAUGGCAGUGGUCCAAGACCUUUCAACCUGUCGCAAUCAAACUACAAAUCUACUUGCCAGAGGUUUGUUGAGAAAUUCAACGAACUGAAGGAAGAAGGAAAAAUUGAAGAAGAAAAAUUGUUUGAAGAAACAGGAAAAGCCCUUUUAGCCAGUGGGAUAAUUUUACAGAGACGAGGAACAGAUAAAGUAGCGCAAGAGGAUCAUCAGGGUGUUGAAACCAGGGGUUCUGUAUUACACCUGCAGCUUCAAACUGUGUUGGAAGAGAUACAGGGAAAGAAGGAAGAUCAGGAGGAGCAGACGCCAGAGCUGGCAGAAAUGCAGAAGGAAAAUCCCUUACCCUCCUAACAGCUGUGCUGUUGUCCUGUGACGCUCAGCAGCAGGAUGUGCCCUGGCUGUGGCAGUCACCUGCUCAGGAGCCAGCGUUUCUGCCUCCACAGCCUGGUGAUUGAGAGACACUUUCUUAGGGGGAAUACGCCUCAGUUAUCCGGGUCUAGUGCCUUCGGUGAUUGUGCAUGUGGCACACUUUCUUCCAUCUCCCCAUUCGUAAAAUUGGAGAUAAUUUUUUUUUUUUUGAGAUUCAAGAAUGUUAUCUCAAAUUGUGACUUGGAAAAUAUGAGUAUAAAAGUGGAAAAUUAAACAUUUUCUUUAAAAAUUGGAA